AUGAAUCCAUUAGAUCCGAACUGGGUUGAAGUCCAACAUCGAUCCUUCUUAAACUGGGUCAACUCCAAAUUGAAAAACCGAAACAUUCAAUUGACCAAUCUUGCCGAAGAUUUCAAAACUGGUGAAAACUUGUUACUCUUAUUGUCUGAAUUAACCAAAACAGAAUAUCCAUUGGCUUCUCUUCGUCCUCAAUAUAGAAUUCAAAUGAUGAAUAAUAUUGCAGAAGCUUUGAACAUUAUUACCAAAGAUUUGGGUAUUCAAUUGGUGAAUAUUGACAGCAAUGACAUUGUGGAUGGAAAUUUGAAACUCAUUCUUGCAGUGGUCUAUGCAUUGAUUUACAAAUUCCAAAUUUGUCAAGUAUUGGAUCAAGCUGAUCUUGCAGGAAAGGAAAAUUUAACCAAACAAAAUCCAGAAGCUCUUCUCUAUAUUGAACAAUUGCUAUUACAAUGGUUAAAUUCCACACUUUACAAUAAUCAACCAGUAUUGACCAAUUUAACAACAGACUGGACCGAUGGUGAAAAUUUGAAAAAACUCAUCUUGCAUUUAACCAAUGGUCAAUCCAGUACUCUCAAUGAUCCUGAAUGGUCUUCGUUCGAUCCUGUCAAGAAACUUUCUCUUUGCAUCGAUCAAGCUGAAAAUGAAUUGCACAUUCCACGAAUUCAGGAUGCACAAGAUUUAGCGCAAUCUCCUGAUCGAUUCAGUAUGAUUGCUUAUCUUUCAUAUUUUAGAAUGGUGAAAAAGAAGAAUGAAGAACAACAGAUUGUUCCUCCAACUGUCCAAAUUCCACCCGUUCAGAUGGUACAAGAGCCAAAGAAAGUUGAAGAACAUGUUGUGGUUCAACCUCCAGUGGACAUGGAUCGGGAAUUGAGUGCUUCUUCAGCACCUCCAUUGGAAGAAGUGUCAAAUGUCAAUCCAAUUUCACAACCUCCAACGUCUGCAGUUGUUCACGUACAACCUCCUAAAUUACCUCAACAAAUGCCUCAAUAUCAACAUCAUCAACCCAAACCCCAACAACCCAUUCUCGUGAACCAACCACCUCCAUCUUCUCAACCUGAAGCGGGUAUGAUGAAUCUUCCAAGCAGUCACUUGUCACAACAAGUUUAUUUACCUCAACAAAAAAGCAUGUACCCCAAUAUCCAAAUUUCAAGUCCUCAAAGUCCAGUCACAGCUCAAUUACAACAACAAUGGUUACCUUCGAGCACUACUAGUAUUAGUACGAGUGGAUCUUAUCCAAAUAACAUGUCACAUCCAUCUUCAGCUUAUUUACCAAAUUCUACAACUUCUCAAAAUGCAUUUAGUUCAACAUCAACCUCUCAGCAACCACAACAACAACCAACAAUUUAUCCAAUGAACAUGACCAUGAACACCAUGCAGUAUCAACAACAACAACAACAAAUCAUGCCAAUGAUGGGAAUUCCACAACCAAACAUGAUGGGAAUUCCACCUCAGAAUUCUCCUCAAAUUGUAACCACAACGACCACCACCACUCAUAAUGUAUUUCACACAGAUAUGUUUGGAAAUGUCUAUUCACCUCAACUACCACCCCAAGGUCCAUACUUUUAUUGA